UUCCUUUCCCUUUUGCGCAUGCUCGGCAGUGUGCGCAUGCGUAGUAGCGUGGUAAACCCAGGUGGAGAGGAAACAUGGCGGCGCUUGAGCCACCCAGGAAGAUCCCUUUGGUGCCAGAAAACCUACUGAAGAAAAGGAAGGCCUAUCAGGCAAUCAAGGCCACCCAGGCAAAGCAGGCCUUGGAGGACAAGAGAAAGCACCAGAAGGGAAAACAGAUUAAAUUCAAGCGACUUGAGUCAUUUUUGCGAGACUCUCACCGGAAACGGAGAGAUGAUGUCCGUCUGCGACGCAUGGAACAUAAGCCUGGUUUGAGGCUAGAGCCCGAAGAGGGACAUAAACUGGCAUUUGUUGUACGGAUUGCAGAUAUUAAAGGAGCAAAUCUGCAGGUGCAACAUGUCAUAGAUACCCUACGACUGAGAAAGAUUUACAGUGGCACCUUUGUUAAAUUGUCACGAGAAACUCUAAAGUUGUUACGUACAGUGGAGCCUUACGUAGCGUGGGGUUAUCCCAACUUGAAAUCUGUUCGAGAGUUGAUCCUGAAACGAGGCCAUGCAAAGAUCAAAAACAAAAAGAUUGCUUUGACAGACAACAUUUUGAUAGAAGAACAUUUGGGAAUCUAUGGUAUCAUUUGUCUGGAAGAUCUCAUUCAUGAAGUUUACUCAGCUGGAGCACACUUCCAUAAAAUCAAUACUUUUUUGUGGCCAUUCCACCUCUCCGUGGCCCGCCAUGCUGCCCGUAAUAAAGUAGGGUUUCACAAAGAGAUAGGCGACACCGGAUUUCGAGGCAAUGGGAUCAACCAGCUCAUACGUUUUAUGAAUUAAAAUCCAGGAAAACCUUUAUGAAUAUUCUGAGAAUAUUCUGAAGAAUACUUAUUUGUACUCUGUGAUGUACAACUAUUUCUUCAAGUCUCAGGACUUUUCAGCAUGAUAACUCCCACUUUUGGGGAUGAGCAGGUGACAGCAGAUCACAAGUAAAUUAGAAGAUACUCCCAAUGUCACUGAAACUCUAGUCUUAAGAUUCUGCAUCUUGACUAAAUUGGAAGGACUGAAGAGACUCACUCCUGAGAUUCUAGCUGUUAAAAGACAUUUUGGUUUGGAUUUUCAAAAUGACAGUGAAGCUUUACAAUUCCAGUACAGAUUUUGUGUAGAUUUGGACCUCAUGAUUACAAAGCUCAAAACAUUUGGCAUUUUGUUUGAUUUUUACUCAAUGUACACUGUAAUGUGUGUACUAGAGAUUAAGGUUGACUUAGAGAACACGGGACACUUGAAAAGUGUAGUCUGGAUGCCACAAGAUCCCUUUGUCAGCUAUCCAGUGUUUGAAGAGUUCAUGUGUUCAAUUCUCUUUCUAAUCUGAUUUCAAAUCUUUUCUGUAUCUCUAAAAUAAAUCUAGAGCCCUUUAACCACAUUUUAAUGAUAUUCAAAUAAAAUUACUUCAUUCCUA